AUGUCGCUCGCAGUAAUUCUAGGUUCCUCUCGAGGCCUAGGACUGAACCUAGCACGAGGCCAUCUUCUUCGCUCCUCGCUCAACGUAGUCUGCACCAGUCGAACGCCCGACGAGGCGCGCGAAGCCAUUCUCAAAGAUCUCCCCUCGGAUGCCAAGGACAGGUUGACCACUUUGAAAGCCGAUGUGACCAAAGAGGCCAGCUUCGAAGAGCUGGCUGGACAGAUCAAGGAGAUGGGAGAAAUCAGAAGCCUUUGGAAUGUCGCUGGUAUCGUGAGUGAUUGAGGUGGUCAGCACAGUAAGACCGCCAUCGCUUUGAUCUUGAAAGCGAAUCUGAUGCAUCAGUAUUGCCCCUGCCCUCCUCUUUCCCGCGCAUACAGCUGAGACCGGAGAAGAAUUUGGCCCAGGUCGGUUAUGACGAGAUGCUGCGCCAAUUUCAGUGAGUCUUUCAAUAGGCGCAAGAUGAAGGUGUCGAAUUUGUCGAGCACGAUGCUGACUCGGCCUCUCUGUCCCAUGCGGCGCCAGAAUCAACACUUUCGCCCCUCUGCUCGCCAUGAAGCACUUGGUCCCUCUUCUACCCAAGCAGAUCAGCAGAGGCGGGGAGCGCAAGCCUGGUGCUCCAGCAGGCACCGACUCUGCAUCAGACGUGGCUCCUAACGGUCUAGCGCUCAUUGCCAGCCUUUCGGCAAGGGUAGGAAGCAUCGAAGAUAAUGGAAGAGGAGGCUGGUACUCUUAUAGAGCCAGCAAGGCCGCACAGAACCAAAUCACUAGGACUCUGGCCAGAGAGUUGACACUUCGAAAAGUGCCUGCCAUUUCCGUGAGUGUCUCUGUUCGUUCUUCUUCGCUCCCCCGCCGACGGCACCCGCUGCUCGGCUCUCCUUGGGGGUUACAGCCGCUGACGCAUGUCUAAGCACUCGCCCGCUACAAAACAGAUUGGCCUCCAUCCAGGCACAGUGAGGUCCGAGCUGAGCAAAGAGUUCACAGGAGGUCCAGGAGGCAAGGACGGUAAGGCUCCAGGUCCUGGAGAGUUCGAGGCCCCUGACGCGGCAGAGAACCUGCUCAACGUGGUUCGAGGCCUCACCGUCGAAGACAGCGGCGGUUUUCGAGACUGGGAGGGUAAAAAGGUGCCUUUUUAA